AUGUAUGUAGAUCCAUCAGCUGGUGCCUUUUCACCUAUCAGAAAAUGUCCAUCACCAGCUAAACAACAGAGGACAGGAGAUGAAACCCAACAACAACCUCCAGAACUCCAUCCUGAUCUACAACCCAUGAUAAAAAGAACAAAAGAAAAGAUCAAACGAGAAAUAGAGCAGAAAAAGGGAAAAUUCCUUGAGACCAAAGCUUUCCUCGAUGCUCAAAACAAGCUCCAAAAGAACAGAGUUCUAGUUAUCAAGGGAAACACAGGAGAUGGCAAAACGUCUACCGCCAUUCAACUGCUACACUGGCUGGUCGAGGAGCAGCAAUGCAGACAACCCCUUCAGCUUCAUGAAAUUACGAAAUUAGAUUUAUUGGCUCCAAACUCUCAUCUGAUUACUUUUAUUGAUGAUAUUUUUGGUGAGAAUGAUGUUGGUAGAAAGGAUGUACAAGAGUGGAACAAAAGAAUUACAGAUGUAGAAACACUUUUUGAUGGUGAACAAAUUCAAGCCAAUUUUUUGCUCAUUACAGUUCGUAAUGAAAUAUUCAAUACUUUGAAAAAAUCUUCUAUAGGAGCAGUUUUCACUGAAGAUAACAUCAUUGAUCUGAGCUCAGGUGAGUACAGAAUUGCAGAAGAAAAAAAGGCACUUUUAGAGAUGUAUAAACCAGAAAAUUUCUCAUGGACUGAGGGAGAAAUAGAAAAAAUUCUAUCUUAUGCACCACAUAUUGGAUUCCCACAAUGUUGUCAGCUUUUCUGCAAGUCUGUUAAAUUGCAAGAUAGACGAGUUGAAUUUUUUGAGAAACCUCUCCAAUUUUUUAUGGAUGCGUUGCUGAAGUUACCAGAAUGUUCUGCCAUUUUGUUUCUAUUCCUCAAUGGCGGGGAGAUAAAGGUAACAGAUCUAGACCCAAAUGAAGAAAAUAAAGUAAACAAAACAUUGUUGGAGGAAGCAUUUGAUAUCAAUUUGGUUGAUGGUGAAGAUAACAGAACUCAAAUGUCUUGUAAGAAAAAAAUAGAAUUUGUGAAAAAAGAUUUAGAAAGAUUACAAGGAUUUUUGGUAAGAAAGGAGAAAUAUCUAUUGUCUGGUGAUGAAGUGUACAGAUUUGAUCAUAACUCUAUAUAUGUCACAGUAGCUCUUCUAUAUGGAAACAAAACACGAGUUGGUUACAUUAAGAAUUGUCCCACGAAAUUCCUCAGUUUUCUAACAACCUCAAAAACAUCAUCAAACAUGGUUGUGAUAUCAGCUGAUCAUUAUCCAUAUAUGUGUGAACGUCUACACAGAGAGUUUGUCUGUGAGAAGAGAUAUUAUGGUACUAACAUUGGAUCUCUAGAUGUGUGGAAAGAUAGCAUAUUUCUAGAAAAAAUUGUCAGGAUUUUUAAUGAGAGAGGAGUUAAUAAAGUAACUCUGUUUAAUAAAGCAUGCUACUUUGCUGCUGAAGAAUGUGCUUUAUAUCUCCUGGAGGAAGGAGUCAAACCUGACAAGGACACACCAUUGUGGUCAUUGUUUACAAGAGGUGAUGUGUAUGGUAAGGGAGAUGUGGAUGUUCUUAGGAAGGUUUUUACACACUUGAGUGAUGAGGUCAAGCUUGACUUGUUAAAUAAAGCAUGUCUUUCUGGCUCAGAAGAAUGUGCUUUAUAUCUUCUAUGUGAGGGAGUCAAACCUGACGAGGACACAGAUUGGUGGUCAUUGAUUACAAGGGGUGAUGUAGAGUGUGGUAAAGGAGAUGUGGAUAUACUGAAGAGAGUUGUAAAAUACUUGAAUGAUGAGAUAAAACUGGAUUUGUUAAAUAAAGCGUGUGCCUCUAAUUCAGAACAAUGCACUUUACAUCUUUUGUGUGAGGGAGUCGAACCUGACAAGGACAUAGAUUGGUGGUCAUGGAUUACAAGAGGUGAUGGGGAGGAUGGUAACGGAGAUGUGGAGGCAUGUAAGAAAGUUGUGAAAUACUUAAAUGAUGAGGUUAAACUUGACCUGUUAAAUAAAGCUUGUCGUUCUGGUUUAGAAGAAUGUGCUUUAUUUCUUCUGAGUGAGGGAGUCAAACCUGACAGGAACACAGAUUGGUGGCCAUUGAUAACCGGAGGUGAGAAGGAUGGUAAGGGAGAUGUGGAUAUACUUCAGAAAGUUGCUAUAUACCUGGAUGAUGACAGUAGACCUUACUUGUUACUUAAAGCGUUUGAUUCUGAUUCAGAAGAAUGUGCUUUAUAUCUUCUGUAUAAGGAAAUCAAACCUGGCAAUUAUGCACAAUUGUUGUCAUGGAUUACAAGGGAGAGGUACGAUAGGAGAUAUAUGUAUAGGAGAGAGAUAGAUUGGAGAGAGAGAUAUUGGGGAAAUAGUUAUGAGAGUGAUGAAGAUUCAGUAAAGGAAGAUAUUAUAGAUAUAUUCUUAUACGAUCAGCAAACACGUUACUUGUUAAAUGAAGGUGGUCAUGUUAAGGGAGAUGUGGAUGUUCUUAAGAAAGUUGUGAAAUACUUGAAUGAUGAGGAAAAACUUAACUUGUUAAAUAGAGUAUGUCGUUCUGGUUCAGAAGAAUAUGCUUUGUAUCUUCUGUAUGAGGGAGUCAUACCUGACGAGAACACAGAUUGGUGGCUAUUGAUAACCGGAGGUGGGAAGAAUGGUAAGGGAGAUGUGAAUAUACUUCAGAAAGUUGAUAUAUACCUGAAUGAUGCCAGAAGACGUUACUUGUUACGUAAAGCAUGUCGUUCUGGUUCAGAAGAAUGUGCUUUAUAUCUUCUGUGUAAGGAAAUCAAACCUGACAAUUACGCACAAUUGUGGUCAUUGAUUACAAGAGUGGGAUACGAUAGGAGAGAGAGAGAUUGGAGAGAGAGAUAUCGGAGAGAUAGUUAUGAAAGUGAUGAGAGUGGUGAAGAUUCACUUAAGGAAUCUACUUGGUAUCUUCUGUGUGAGGGAGUCAUACCUGUCGAGAACAUAGAGUGGUGGCCAUUGAUAAUCGGAGGUGAGAAGGAUGGUAAGGGAGAUGAGAAUGUUCUUCAGAAAGUUGUGAAAUACUUGAAUGAUGAGCAAAAACUUUUCUUGUUAAAUAAAGCAUGUCGUUCUGGUUCAGAAGAAGGUGCUUUAUAUCUUCUGUGUGAGGGAGUCAAACCUUAUAAGGACAUACUGUUACAUGUGGCGGAGGGUGGGAAUGUGAACCUGUUCCGUAAACUACUGAAGUAUGACGUCACUCUAACAGUCAGGGAUAAUGACAAUAACAAUGUCCUACAUGUGGCGUGUGAGAAGGAAAGGAAAGAGAUGGUGGCAAUGCUGUGUGAAGAUUAUCCAAACUUGCUACAUGACACUAAUCAUGCAGGACAAACCCCGCUCCAUGUUGUUGUUCCAGACAGUGGAAAGAACUGCACUUAAAUCCUUGUGUAGAGUUGAGGACGAACAACACAAAUGUGCGACAGAAGAUGGUCGUGUGAUACAUAGGUGUUAUGUGUGUAUAGUCAGUACAUGUCAGUUAGUGGACGCAUAUGUGUGGGAUGUAGAUCAUUUGGGUGACAUGUCAAAAAAUAUGGUUAGAAUUCCUUACCAACGGUUAUGACAAUAUUAUACACAAGUGCUGUUUGGGAAAAUGCGAGGAGCUUCUAGUUUAUUUGUGUGGGAAAUACCCAGCACUGACCACAGCUGUAGGACAUAACUGGUGGAUUGUUACAUGUGAGUUGUAUGAAAGGACACAGGAAGAUGUGUGUUUAUUUGUGCGGGUCUAUCCUAAAAUUAACCACAGAUGAAGAUAACGACGGUUGUCACUGUCUACAUUAUAUACCCCUGUAUGCAACAGAUGUGUAAGUGUUCACUGCAUGAGUGUGAAGCUCGUGUUAAACAAUACAUUGAAUCAUUAGAGCUGAAGUAUGACAUUACAAAAAUACUGGACAGGGAGGGCAAAUCGGUUUUAGACUUGGAAAAGGUAGGGAAGGUCGCAAAGCUUUCUAGGAGGGGAUACAGCAACCCUGUGUAUGGUUAUCUUAAUAAAAUGUUUAGUAAAUAAAAACGCCGUCAUUUGUCCUGGUAAACAUGCACAAAUAAUCAAUACAGGCCAUUUAAAACAAUUGUGUACAAAUCCGAGGUGAUAAUGAAUUAUUUACUGCAUGAGGACAAUCUACAAACUGCAUGUGUUGAGUUAGCCCAUGAGAUGUUGGAGAAUUGUUGAUCCUGCGUCUAUAUAUUACACUGGACUAGGUCCAUCAGAUGUUUGAGAUUUGUCGAUCCAAUUUCUAUAUAUAUUACGCUGAUUAGGUCUGUUAGAUGUUUGAGAUUUGUUGAUCCUCUGUAUAUGUCUAUAUAUUACACUGGACUAGUUCCAUUAGAUGUUGGAGAUUUGUUGAUCCUAUUUAUAUAUUUACAUAUUGUGUUACUGUCAUUGUUAGGUAAUCUGAGACAAAGUCUCAGUUGACCUAUUGCAAUAUCGCCUUUUGUCCGGCAUCGUCCAUAGUCCGUCCGUCGUAAACAAUUUACUUUUUCGUCUUCUUUUAAUUCCAAAACCGCUAAACCAAAGUUCAUGAAAUUUGGCAGGAAGCUUCAGUGAUCAAUGGCAAAACAAAUUGUGAAUUAUAUGGUUCCCAUCCCUCAAAAGCCUGAGGUGCGAGCCAAAAAGUGUCAAAUUAACGAAAAUUUCAAAAAUCUUCCUCUCAAGACCUAGAUAAGGUCGACUCAAAUACUCUUCAAAGAUCGAAGUAGAUGGAAGGGUCUUAAGGUGCUUUAACAAAAGUGUGAAUUUCAUGACAAUUACAUUUGCCUCUAGGAAGGGGAUACAAUUUACUAUACUGAUUAUACAAGGCAAUCUCAUUUUUGACCGUCAUUUGUUUGAUUUCUAUUGCAAUUCAUUCUAACUACGUUAACAUUACCAGCAUGGGAUGACAGCCUGAUGGUAUUCACAUGUUGGCCCUGACUGACCCCCAGGGGCUUAUGGGCGGGGCCAAAAACUGUCAAAUUAACUUAAAUAGUUCAAAACUCAGGUGACCGAUAAAGCCUAUAAACUAUGUAUAUAAUGUCAUGGUAUUUAUCUGGUACUUCAGGAUUUCAUACCCUUUUCUUUUUAAACUGAAACUAGUCUAAUUGGUGUGAAAAUGAAAUUGAUAUAAUAUUCAUGUACAAUUGACCCUUGUAAUCUUGAAGUCAAUGGGGCCUAAAACUUGAGAUAUCCUGUGUAUUUGAGAUAAUCGAGUAUGUCAUACAUAGAUUUCAUUCUAUGAGGACUAUAUAUUUACCUCGAGUUAAGCAGUGUGUUCGAGUUAUCAGAGUUUGAAAUAAUGAGGUUGGAUUGUAAUUUUUUUUUACUUAUUUAUUUAUUGUUGAUUUGUUGAUCCUAAUAUUUGUUUACAUUUUUUGUAUAACAAUUUACUUUUACCUAGACAAAACUUGUCUUAUUGAUGUGAAAAUUAGACUUAGGUAACUUUUGUAUCUUUUUAGAAUUAUACAUAAUUAACAUGUAAUGAGGAUUGUAUCAGGUGCAGUUAUAAUACACCUGUCGGUGAUAUCCAUUGUCCCAGCUCUCCAGAAUUAUAUAUAAUUAUCAUGUAAUAAGGAUUGUAUCAGGUGUAGUUAUAAUACACCUGUAGGUGAUAUCUAUUGUUCCAGCUCUCCAGAAUUAUACAUAAUUAACAUGUAAUGAGGAUUGUAUCAGGUGCAGUUAUAAUACACCUGUCGGUGAUAUCCAUUGUCCCAGCUCUCCAGAAUUAUACAUAAUUAACAUGUAAUGAGGAUUGUAUCAGGUGCAGUUAUAAUACACCUGUCGGUGAUAUCCAUUGUCCCAGCUCUCCAGAAUUAUAUAUAAUUAUCAUGUAAUAAGGAUUGUAUCAGGUGUAGUUAUAAUACACCUGUAGGUGAUAUCUAUUGUUCCAGCUCUCCAGAAUUAUACAUAAUUAACAUGUAAUAUAAGGAUUGUAUCAGGUGUAGUUGUAAUACACCUGUCGGUGAUAUCCAUUGUCCCAGCUCUCCAGAAUUAUACAUAAUUAACAUGUAAUGAGGAUUGUAUCAGGUGCAGUUAUAAUACACCUGUCGGUGAUAUCCAUUGUCCCAGCUCUCCAGAAUUAUACAUAAUUAACAUGUAAUGAGGAUUGUAUCAGGUGCAGUUAUAAUACACCUGUCGGUGAUAUCCAUUGUCCCAGCUCUCCAGAAUUAUAUAUAAUUAUCAUGUAAUAAGGGUUGUAUCAGGUGUAGUUAUAAUACACCUGUAGGUGAUAUCUAUUGUUCCAGCUCUCCAGAAUUAUACAUAAUUAACAUGUAAUAUAAGGAUUGUAUCAGGUGUAGUUGUAAUACACCUGUCGGUGAUAUCCAUUGUCCCAGCUCUCCAGAAUUAUACAUAAUUAACAAGUAAUAAGGAUUGUAUCAGGUGUAGUUAUAAUACACCUGUCGGUGAUAUCCAUUGUUCCAGCUCUCCGUUAGUGAUCAGUACUGUGAGUAUUUACAAGUAUAUGUAUUUUGAUGGAUCUUUGGGUAAAAUACGACUAACAUUAAACUCAUAAUUAUGAUUAAAAUUAUAACCAACACGUUUAAAUGAUAACUCUACAAAACCCGAGGUCCUGCUAUUUGGUCUCUGUAAGUACUAGGAUAGGGCAGAGUUUUCAAAAUAACCAUUCCAUUGCUCAAAUAAUUAUUGGGAUUAGAUUAUGAAAUUCAAAAACAUCGAAAAAGUUAUAAAGUCAAACAAAAAAUGAUAAUUAGGGUAAUCCAGCUGUCAACUGUUGGAUAGAAAAUAGAACAUAGCUGAAAAUAUGUACAUCAUAUUGCUUCCUGGAUGUAAUUCCAUGUACAUGUAAUUAGAUGUACAUGUGUCUAUAUCGUAUAUAGCUGUUGUUGUAAAAGUGCCUUAGUGGGAAUGUUCAGCGAGGCUUUACAUAAACUAGAUAAACCGUUUAGGGCAUGGUAUUUUAAAUAUUAGAUACAAUUUAUCAUUAUUGUUCAUAUGACAUAAAGAGGAAAAUGUCAGAAACAUUAACCUACUUUUAAGGUAAAUAUAGAUAUUAGCUUUAAUAUAACUUCAGUAUUAUCGUAGCAAUUAUUCAACAUUGUUUUGAUGAAAUGUUUUUUUUUUUUUUUUUUCAUUUUUAUUGACUCCUGAUAGGGAAUGAUGAUCACUUUAUAUUUAUGUAUUUUAAUAUAUUUCUACACUGUUGUAUUAACUGACAUUUACCCUGAAAAAUUGUAUUGUACUUCCAUACUGUAAUAUGUUUGUCCAGGAAUGUCUACAUAACUCGGACAUUAACCCUGACAGAAUGUGUUGUACUUCCAUACUGUAAUAUGUUUCUCCGGGAAUUUCUUCAUAAACUCGGACAUUAACCUUGACAGAAUGUGUUGUACUUCCAUACUGUAACAUAUGUUUCUCCAGGAAUGUCUACAUCAACUCAGACAUUAACCCUGACAGAAUGUGUUGUACUUCCAUACUGUAAUAUGUUUCUCCAGGAAUGUCUACAUAAACUCGGACAUAUAACCCUGACAGAAUGUGUUGUACUUCCAUACUGUAAUAUGAUUCUCCAGGAAUGUCUACAUAAACUCGGACAUAUAACCCUGACAGAAUGUGUUGUACUUCCAUACUGUAAUAUGUUUCUCCAGGAAUGUCUACAUAAACUCGGACAUUAACCCUGACAGAAUGUGUUGUACUUCCAUACUGUAAUAUGUUUCUC